UCUUGUUUUUGUCCUGAGGUAGUUCUGGUAGAGCUUGGACUAAAGUUUUGGGUCAUUAUUUUGCUGUAGGAUGAAACUCUGACCAACUAUACCAGAGGAAACUGAUGAUGGUCUAAAACUUUAGACCUGUAGUGUGCGUCAGAAAAGUGAAUCACACAGACACUAACUAGAUCCAGCUCCAGCUGCCAACAACAACAACAACAACAAAAAGAAAAACCACCUUUGAGAUGGCAGUGGCACCCCAGGCCCUGGCGCUUCUGGCCCUGCUGAGCCUGACGCCGGCCCCCACCCUGGGAGGAUGCCCGUCGGUUUGCCGGUGCUCUUUCGCCAUGGUGCAGUGCCUGGAGCCCAACGGCAUAAGCAGCAUCCCUCCGCUGGUGCCGCAGGAGAGCGAGAACGUGACGGAGAUAUACAUAGAAAACCAAGCCGGCCUGGAGAACAUAACAGAAGUUGACCUGGCUUAUUACAGAGAGCUGAAGAACCUCACGGUGACCAUGUGUAAGCUGAGGUUCAUCUCUGCCAACGCCUUCCAGAACAACCCGAAGCUGCAGUAUGUGAACCUGGCUUCAAACUUCCUGGAGCACAUCAGCUGGAGAGUGUUUCAUUUUCUACCUCUGCUCAACCUGGUUUUACGGGAUAACCCUCUGGUUUGCUCGUGCGACCUCCACUGGCUGCAGCAGUGGCAGAUCGAUGACCGCGGAGACCUGGACAGUCAGAUGCUGCUCUGCUGGUCCGACGGGAAGGAGUUACCCCUCAGCUCUCUGGUCAUAGACAACUGCAGUCUGCCUGAGGUUAACAUCGCGUCUUCCAACUCCAAGAUUCAGGAAGGAGGAAACCUCACGUUUGAGUGUCGCGUGACAGGACGUCCCACUCCCACUGUGACAUGGAGAACCGAUGAGCUGGUCUCUCAAUGGAAAAUAGAGGAAAGAAUCUGGGGUUCCACAUUAGAGCUGGUCCUCUACCUCACCAACGUUUCCUCCAAGGACAACCUGCACAACCUGACUUGUGAGGCCGAGAACCAAGCUGGGCCCAGAGAGGGGAUGGUGCAAUUGGACAUUGAGUUUCCAGCUAAAAUCCUCUUCCUGAAAGACGCCGUGCCGCAGCACAACUGGUGCUUCCCCUUCGCCGUGGACGGGAACCCCGACGCCAUCAUCACCUGGCUCUACAACGGCAACAGACUGAAAGAGAACAUCUACGCCUACACCCAGUUGAUCCAAGACUCGGGCGACGGCUCGGUGAAACACGGCUGCCUCUUCCUCAACAAGCCCACGCACAUCAACAACGGCAACUACACGCUGAUCGUGGAGAACAAACUGGGCAGGGACGAGGCCACCGCCGUUGGGAAGUUCAUGGACAACCCGUUCGACCCGUUCGACCCAGAGGGAAUCAUCCCAGUCCUUGAUGUGGAUCCAAGUAAGUCUCUGAUUGACUUUGACUCUUCUAAAAAAAACAUGAAUAAUCUCUGUAAGUUUACUCCACACCGACUGAACCAUGUGGGAUUUUUUAACGAGUCCUCUAACCUCUUCUUCUCAGGUCCGACCAGCAAGUCAGACAUGGACGUCACAGAGAACCCGGAGAGUCGAGUGUUUGUGGUGUCUGUGGCCGUGGGUCUGGCUGUGUUCGCCUGCACUUUCCUGCUCAUCAUGCUGCUGGUUAUUAACAAGUGUGGGCAGCAUUCAAAGUUCGGUAUUCACCGCUCAUCAGUUUUGGGCACGGAGGAUGACCUGGCCGUGUCGCUUCGCUUCAUGAACUUCGGGACCAGCCCGCCUUCCUCGGAUGAAGACUCGGGUUUGUCCAGCUUUGUAGAGAAUCCACAGUACUUCUGCGGCAUCAUCAAGGACAAAGACAUGUGUGUGCAGCACAUUAAACGGCAGGACAUCGUGUUGAAGUGGGAGCUGGGCGAAGGAGCAUUUGGCAAAGUCUACCUGGCAGAGUGUGCAAACCUGAGCCCCGACAGCGACAAGAUGCUGGUCGCCAUCAAAACUCUGAAGGACGCCAACGAGUCGACGCGGCAGGACUUCCAGCGUGAGGCCGAGCUGCUGACGGUGCUGCAGCACCAGCACAUCGUCCGGUUCUACGGCGUCUGCACGGACGGGGAGCCGCUGGCCAUGGUGUUCGAGUACAUGAGGCACGGAGACCUGAACCGCUUCCUCCGAGCUCACGGCCCUGACGCUCGGAUCCUGGAGGAGUCCAAGAUGCCCCCGCUGGGUCAGCUGACCCUGCCUCAGAUGCUGCACAUCGCCGCCCAGAUCGCCUCGGGCAUGGUCUACCUGGCGUCGCUGCACUUCGUCCACCGUGACCUGGCGACACGCAACUGUCUGGUGGGCGAGGGUCUGGUGGUGAAGAUCGGAGACUUCGGGAUGUCCCGGGACAUCUACAGCACAGAUUACUACAGAGUGGGCGGACGUACGAUGCUGCCGAUCCGCUGGAUGCCCCCCGAGAGCAUCAUGUACAGGAAGUUCACGACGGAGAGCGACAUCUGGAGCUUCGGCGUGGUCCUCUGGGAGAUCUUCACCUACGGCAAACAGCCCUGGUACCAGCUGUCCAACAGUGAGGCCAUUGAAUGCAUCACGCAGGGCCGGGAGCUGGAGAGGCCGCGUACCUGCCCUAAGGAGGUGUACCUGCUGAUGCAGGGCUGCUGGCAGAGGGAGCCCCAGCAGAGGAUGGUCAUCAAGGACAUCCACAGCCGCCUCCUGGCUCUGGUCAAGAACCCGCCCGUCUACCUGGACAUCCUCGGCUAACGGCGCCGAGCGCCACCCAGGGGGGCGGAGACCAGAGGCCGGGGAGGUUUUUCCUUUUUCUUUUUUUUGGUUAAGUGAAGCUAGAACGAGUUCAUUUCCCAUUUCUACCAGUCGCUGCUUGAUACUUGACGGACCAGGUACGAACAAGUCUGCAGGAAAAACGCUUCAAUUCUGCCUCGUUCCAGCUCGAUUGCAGCUGGAUCUCUGUUUACGGCCCCGCCCCACAUCCUGUGGAGACCUGUCGUAUGUUUACCAGAGUGUUUAAUGUUUAUCUGGAGCGGGAUCAGUGCGACGGGGUGAGACGUGCAUGGAUAAGUGUUGAAGUAACCGUAUAUGGGGCUUUACGUUUGCUGGGAAUCCAGUUUCUACGGCUCGACUCUGAAGGAUGGAUGAAAGCGAGGUCGCUCCGCGUCAUACGAGUCAGGGCUUUAAACACGUUUUACAGAUUUGGCUCAUUUGUACAGAACAGUCGCUGAUUUCUGACGUUUUGAUAUGGAAAGUGAUUUAAAGGCUUUCAGUAAAAAAAAUGUACAUAAAGAUAAUCGCAACGGAA